AUGGUUCUGUCCCACCUGGGACCAGGCAAUUUAAUUCGGGGUGGUUCAGGAGAAACGGGGCGCACUUCAAACAGCAAGAGAACGCGUGCGCCUGGGCGUGGGCGUGUCCGUGGGCGGGGCGCGGGGCGGGGCCGGGGCCGCCGGCGUAGGGGGCGUGCCCUGCGCGUAGGCGUGCGCCUGGGCGUGGGCGUGUCCGUGGGCGGGGCGCGGGGCGGGGCCGGGGCCGCCGGCGUAGGGGGCGUGUCCCUGGGCGUGGGCGUGUCCCCGGGCGGGGCGGGGUCGAGGCGGCGCCGGUCCUUCGCUGCAAGUUGGCGGAAGCGCGGCGGGUCUGGGCCGGAGCUUCGGGACCGCGGCUGGCGGUCGGGUCGGGUCGGAGCCUGGAACCUGAGGAAGCCUGCGGACGCAGAUUUCAACACAAUGAAGCUCAAAGUAAUUUACAACAUCCUCCUGUGUUCCUUCUGUCUGGCUCUUUACUGCCUGUGCAAUGCUGAUAAAUUCCUGAGUGAUAGCAAUGGGAGUGGAAUGGGAUGGAAGAAGCUGAUCAUGGUUCACCACUGGCCACCCACAGUGUGCAAGGAAGCUGAAAAUGACUGCAGCAACCCUCCAGAUUACUGGACAAUACAUGGAUUAUGGGCUGAUAAAGCAGAAGACUGUAACCGAUCCUGGCACUUUAAUUUAGAGGAGAUUAAGGAUCUUCUGCCAGAAAUGAAGAUGUACUGGCCUGAUGUAAUUCAUCGGAGUCCUAAUUGCAGCCACUUCUGGAAACACGAAUGGGAGAAGCAUGGGACGUGUGUCGCCCAGCUAGCCACCCUCAGCUCGGAGAAGAAGUAUUUCAGUAAAAUCCUGGAUCUGUAUAAACAGCUCGACCUUAACAGUGUGCUUCAGAAGUUGGGGAUAAAACCGUCUCUCAAUUACUACCAGAUUGCAGACAUUAAAGAUGCCCUUGCCAGUAUAUAUGGAGUAAUGCCGAAAGUCCAGUGUCUCCCGCCAGAAAAGAACGAGGACGUACAGACCAUCGGUCAGAUAGAACUGUGUUUCACGAAGGACCUGGUGUUGGAGAACUGCACCCACCCCGGGUUCCCGGCUUCCCUCAAGCAGAAAGCCAGGUGGGCGGAUGAGGCUGACUCAGCAGGGCUGGAGGUCUGUGCAGACGGCCCCGCCUUCUACCCCCCACCGCCCAGAGAGACCAGGCGUUGAUGCAGAAAUCGUGGAAAUACCCUGUGUUUUGAAAAGCAAGAGAAAGAAAUGCACAGGUGACUGCUUUCUUAAAAACAACCCCAGAGUGAGAAGUGUUUUCAACUCUUUCCUUAAUACAGCCUUUUUGUUGUUUGUUUUCUUUUCACUUCAGAGUUUGUGAAUUAAUUUUGGGGGUUCACGUAAAGAUGGGGAAACUUUGAGUAAAUUGAAAGAAAGGAAAUAUCCCAAGCCUGAGUAGCUGGUUGUUGGUGGAAAUAAAGCUUCAGACGUUCUUGAUUAA